GUUGUUUACACCAAUUCGUUUGGAUACCUAUGGUGCUCCAUUUAUAAAAAUGAUGGUUCAUACACCUAACACUUCAUUUUACAACGUACAUUCGGUUGAGACUUCCCCUUCCCAUUCAACUGUCUGACGGUUACUCAAACUUCUACAAAUUCAAAAAUUAGAAAUUUCAGUUUGUGGUUAAUUAUCUCGAGAAUUAUAAAUAAAUAUAUCAAAUCUCCCUCCCUGCAUUCCAUUUUCCACAAUUAUCAGUAUUAUUAUCAUUAUCAUUGGAGUAAUUACUUGUUUUCUCUCAUGCGACAAUGGAGCACCAAGAAGGAGAAGAAGUCGGGAUCAAAAUACAGAACGACCAACCCUUUCCAGCGGCGGAGGCACCGACGGGAGGCCGGAAGAAGCGGGCGGUGGCAGCCGGGGUACAGAAAACACUGUCGAAGACAUCGCUGCUGGUGAACUUCCUGCCGACGGGGACGCUGCUGACGUUCGAGAUGGUCCUCCCCAGCGUGUACGGCAAGGGGCAGUGCUCCUCCGUGAGCGCCACCAUGAUCCUCGCCCUCCUCUCCAUCUGCGCCCUCUCCUGCUUCUUCUUCCACUUGACCGACAGCUUCCGUGGCGGCCCUGACGGCCGCAAAGUCUACUACGGCUUCGUCACGCCGCGGGGGCUGGCGGUGUUCAAGAGCGACCCGGGGGUGGAAGUCCCCAAGGACGACCGCUACAAGGUCGGGGUCACCGACUUCGUGCACGCCGUCAUGUCCGUGGUGGUUUUCGCGGCUAUCGCAUUCUCCGACCACCGCGUGACGGACUGCCUGUUCCCCGGCCGGCCAUGGGAAGGAGAUGGACGAAGUGAUGCAGAGCUUCCCGUUGAUGGUGGGGAUUAUUUGCAGUGGACUGUUUCUCGUCUUCCCCAACACUAGAUAUGGUGUUGGUUGCUUGUCCGCCUAAUAAUCAUAUGAUGCCAUAAUAAUAAUAAUAUGCCUAAUUGUUUCUAGUGUUUCUGGUAUGCGUAAAACUGUUUCCUUCUAAUUGUAUUUUGUGGCUUCAUCUGUAUAUAUAACAAUGUAUUAAUGUGACAAUUCAUUAUUAGAUCUCAAGUCAUUCACCAUUAUUUCUCCAAGUCUGGCAAAUUAUCACUCAAGUCUUAACCAAAUGAAAGUUAAAAUCAAAU